AUGACCCAAGGAGUAUCCGAAGGCCCCGAGAUACCAGUACCUGACAAGGCACUGAGGGAUUUGGCAAAAAAUGUGGCCAAGGUCUUGCCUAAUUUCGAACAGGAAGAGGCGGCUGCUGGUGUGAAAGAACUUUACAGAAUUCUUAUUCCUGUUCUGGAAACUGCAGAUCUGGCAGAUUUGGAGAACAGUCAUCGUGCAGCUGCCUCGAAUGCACUAUGCGCAAUCAUUGAGCACUGUACAAAUUCUCAAUGCCAAUACGCGCGGGAAGAGAUUCUAAAUGAUGCAAUUUUUAUCAAAGCCUUCAACAUCUAUCUUCAGCGAUCCGGCGACGCAAAAGGCAAGUCGAUGAGGCAGAUGCUUUUAGUUCUUACAAGUGUGAUUACCAGAGACCAAAGCCUACGCGCGAUCGAGCUUCGAGAAGAAGCUACUGCCUGUUUUCUGGAUAUCAUCUGUGAGCGUGAAGAUAGGAUCAAAGUAAAGCCAGCUUUACAAGGUCUUGCGCACUUUUUGCUCAAGGAAGUGGUCUCAGUAUCGGAGUUGGUGGAUCUUUACAGAAAACAGGCGAAGCACUCAUCUGGUGCAACCGAAGAUAUGGCAACUUCCCAGACGGUCUUUCUGUCCUUUCUUGCCUGGGUCGUUCAUCAUGACACUUCCCUAUCUGCAGGCCAUUUGAUCAAGAACUUCCUCACAAAGGCUCGCACCUCUCCAGAUUAUUGGAAGCAGGAAGCCAAUGGCAGGCACCUACCGCUUUGGAUAGAACCGGUAGCGGAAACUUUACGAGACUGGCCGGAUCGGAUACAGGAAUUCAAGACCCAUGUAUUUCCUCACUGUUUCCUACCAAACAUUGCCGAAUACACACCAUUUCUAUCGUACCUUCACUUUGGUUCAUACAUUCCGCACAAUGGUGUGCUACCAGAAGAACUAUCGGAGCCUAGCAGAUUUACUUCAUAUAUUGAUGGACCAAUGGAAUUCAGAAUCUUGCUUGCAGCAAUUGCAACUGGUAAAGAGCUGACCAUCGUAAAAGACUACGAUUGCAAAGUGCGGAGUAGCAUAGAAAUUCGCGAUGGCGCUAUUUAUUUGCCUGACAACAUCGCAGGCAAAUGGAUGACUGAUCCCGAGCCCGAAGUCAGGCUUGCAGGGAUGUUUCUCUCAGUCUACUCAACUUCUGUCACAAGAGUUGUCAGCAGUAGCGUCUUUCAAGCAUUGAAGCGUAACCUCAUUCACCUACAUACCGAUACAGACGCCAACUUUCGAAGAGAGGUACAUGGAUAUACACAAAAGUUGUUCGACCGCCUAAGGGCAAGCACAGCCACUCUUUCGAAAGGAAUGCUGAAAAAUAGAGUUGCUGAUCAAGCGCGACUGCCUUUUCCAAAAACCGCAUUCGAUUCCGAUAUCUCCGUUUCCCAUCCCAAGCAGCAAGACUCGCUUCUGGAAUCACUUUCGUUUGUUGUCUGGUAUAUAAGGUUUCUCGAGUGGGAGCUGCGCCCAACUGCAUCCUAUCAGAGUCGUAUUACAGCCCUUAGGUCUCUUAUCAUUGUGCUACGUUCAGGCGUGGAUCCUGGCGUUCCAAACAAUAGUCUCUCAAAGUCAGCGCAAGGGCAGUUGAACUGGGCUCAUGGAAUUCAGAUUGGAAACAAUAAGCUGAUCCGAUCGCUACUGGAUCUGAUACUAGACCCCUUUGAUGACGUUCGAGAUGCGGCCGUGUCAGUUCUACAGCUCUGCUUAUCAGCCUUACCAGAACUGGGUAAAAGACGUGUGAUGUCGGCAGUUCCCUCAUUCAUCGUACGAGCAGAGACCAUCAUGCUCCGGACCGGACGAGCUGACCAAGCGGACGGUGUUGCUCGAGCCUAUGGAAUGAUCUUCAGCUCUGCAGAGAACGGAGAAGUAGCUCUAGGGAGUUCUUACUUUUCUACAAAGUUCCAAAUUUUUGAGCAUCUCCAGAAACAGCUCAAGGAUACGUUGGCUAUAGCACAUAAAGAUCUUUCGCAGGCUGUUGAUGGACAGCCUGUACAUGGUAUCUUUGCGGCAUUGCGAUAUGUGGUGGAUCAGCCUGACUUCUAUGCUUUCGUAUCAGACAUGUCACCAGGUGCCUUCAUCAAUUGGAAACGUCUUCAUGGCGAUGUUGUAGAAAGCAUCGAGAGCCUAUGGAACUGCGUUUACCACGUCCUAUGUGCAGAUGCGCCAGAAGGGCACAUUCCUGAAGAGUUGGAAGACGAGGGAAGUUUAGACACCAAAGAAAUUCUGAGCUACUCAUGGAGAGGUCUCAAGGAAGCAAGUGUCUUACUUAGAACCAUCAUUUCAAAAGCCCCCGUGGGUGAUGCAGAGGGUGAUCUUGUAACACCGCAGCUCUUCGAAAAGCUAGGGCGGCUAUGUUUCACCCAGCUGUUGGAGCUGCGGCAUCGAGGCGCCUUCUCGACUGUAUCCCAGACCUUUGUAGUUUUCUGUCGUCGUUGUGUAACGUCGAGUAUUCCCUCUCUUCGCGCGUUGCCAGAAGCGUGGUAUCAGGAAACCCUACGAUCUAUUCAAGACAAGUCCGAUGCCAUCACUCGGAGAUCUGCAGGUAUCCCAGCGGCCAUGUCUGCCCUAUUGGCUGCUGAGCCACAGACCAACGGCGACCUCUUCCCUCGAGCGAUGAAGGAUCUUACUGCAGAAACACUGGUCGAAGCACGAAGCGCAAACAUUGAAGAGAGUCGUCUUCCGCAAGUACAUGCACUUAAUUGCAUCAAGGAGAUAUUUACCACCUCCAAGCUCAGUGUCGUUUCCGAAGCAUACAUUGGCCAGGGUCUUGAGUUAGCCGCAAAAACACUCAGCUCACCUAUAUGGCCUCUUCGCAACUGUAGUCUAAUGCUGUUCAAAGCCCUUAUAGAGAGGUUGCUUGGCAGUGAUGAAGCUCAAGAUUGGAAAGAACACGAUCGAGCUAAGACGUCACGCUUUUCUUACGACAAUUACCCCAGCCUCGUCACAAUAUUGCUUGAAUUACUGAAGCCGAAUGGCAACCGAAAGAUUAUGGACACGCCCGAGACGGGCAGCUCGCCUCUUGAUCUGCAUGGCGCUGAGGGUGUCUUUCCAGCCCUCCAGAUUCUGCGUCAAGCAAGACCACCGCCUGAAUAUAUUUCAAAGAUGCGGGAAUUAGUCAAGGAGCUUAUUCCAAGCCCGCAUUGGCACAUGCGAGACAUGGCCGCAAGAACUUAUGUGUCGCUAUGUUCCCCAAAUGAGGGGGUUGAGGCCCUUGGUCUCAUCCUGGGCAAUGCCCCUGUCAGCCGCAAUGGACAGCAUGGAAUGCUCCUGGUGGUGAAGUAUUUGUUGAAAAAUAUUCUUCGCAACUCGAGCCAAUUUACCCUGGACCGCUUUGCAAGUGUAAUGCAACAGAUUUGCAGAAAUGGACCCAUAUGGUACGCUUCAAGCAAUUGUAUGUUUGUCAAAUCCGCCUUCCUAGACGUUGUCGGCUUGUGUGGCAUGAAUAUGCUCCGCCAAACCAAUACCGUCUCGGUGAUGGAUAGCUGGGCUGACCUUGCCGGGUCCGUCUCCAUUGGUCCCGAAUUCAAUAUCGGACCUAGUAAACAUCACGGAGACGAUCUAUUCCGCAGUUCUUUGGCCCAAGUCUUCACCAUUGACCGCGUAAUCAUGCGGCAAACUUCACUUGGCAUCAUGGUCUCAGACGAAUAUCAAAGCAUUGGCGACGCUCUGAUGCUUCUCGCAGCCCAAGACCCAGAUACUUGUCUAACCGCUCUACGCACACUAGACACUAUAAUGAAGUCUACGCCGUCUGAAGACUUGACCAUUCCGCUCUCCUUGGUACUAUGCCACAUUCACCGUGUCAUCUUCGAAGCCACAGACGCAGAAGUAAUCUCAGCCGCCCAAUAUGCACUCGCCUCGGCCCUCACAAACAGCCAACGCCUCCACCACAAGUUUUUCUCUCUCACUACACCAGAACAGAUCAUACUCACCUUGGCCAAGCUAGAAUCCCAGUGUCUCGAUGGACCGCCAUCAAACAUGCAAAGCGGCUUGCAUCUCGUCGCUUUCUUCCUCGACCACGCAUACGCUUCUCUAGCUGAGCAGCGCAAAGACGUCCUAUCCGCAAUGUCACGAUGGAUCCGUCUUCUUCGCAAGACAAUCAUUGACACGAAUCCCUUUGACACACGCUUCGCUGCAGUCCAGUCUCUAUACGCACUGCACUCCACUCUGACCGCACGCCCCAUAUCAAACGCGGCACGCGCCUUACUCCUGAGUCUCAGCCUGGUUCUCUACGACCUCCUCAAUGACGACGACGACGAAAUCCGUGAUCUAGCGGCGCGCACAACGGGGAAUUUGCUUCGCGCCCAGGGAUACACGACGUUGGUGUGCAAAGAUACCGUGCCGAUACUGAGCAGCUAUCGUUUAGCGCUGUUUACAUGUAAUACUUUCCACUCAACAUCGGGAGGUGUAUUGGCUGCUCAGGCUCUGCACCGUCUGGCAAAUGCCAGUACCACGGGAGAAGCACUCUUUUCCACGCCUUUUGUCGAGACAUUCGCGCGGGAGAGGCAAGAAGACAUGGCGUUGUUUGCGCAAGAGAAGCAGAAUCUGUACAAGGACGAUGUUUUGGAUGUGCUCCUCUGGUCGCGCGUAUUACUUCACCUGCCUGCCUCGUCUGUCUCUUUGACGUUGAAGUCAGGACUGGCAAAAUGGGUGGCGGAUGGCCUGGCUGCGCUCACAGAAACUGCGACUAAGGAAGAAGAUGGGGCGUUAGGAUGGAGUUCGAAAGCCGAAGUCUUUACGCUGGGGAUGCGAGUCUUUUGCGGGGCCGAGGUAGUCAUGGGAUGGGGUGAUGUGAAGACAAAGGGUAACAUGAUGGUGGCACUGGGCAAAUUUUUGCAUGUGGCAAAGAACAAGGGCGUUCAUGGCUUGUGGAUUGAGAAGAUAGAAAAGGUGGUAGAGAAGGAGGUGUUGCGGGUGCUGGGCAAAAUCAAGGAGAGCCUGGACGAAGUAUGA